AUGUCUUCAAAAGUCGACCCAGCCAUUGCAAAAGCUCUCUCUCUUGAUCCUUCUUCGGCAACGAUAUCCAAGCAUGGCGGCGGCGGGUUCGCCAGAACAUUCAAGAUAAGUGGUACAGUUGAUGGAAGGCAAAAGUUCUUCUUUGUGAAGACUGGGGGGAAGGAUAGCGAAGAGAUGUUUGCGGGAGAACACGCCUCCCUCAACGCAAUCCACUCCAUUGUUCCAAACCUCUGUCCACAAUCAUAUGCCCAUGGGCCUCUAGAAUCCGGAGCAGGAUUUUUCCUCGCUACAGACUUCUUGGAUUUGAACUCACGAGAUGCAAAAUCUACACCUGGUUCGGGUGAAUCUCUAGCGAGAAAAUUGGCAAAGUUGCAUAGUGUAUCUGCACCGAUCCCAGAAGGAUAUCAGGAGCCGCAAUUUGGAUUUCCUGUUACGACAUGUUGUGGGGAAACGAAACAAGAUAAUAGUUUUAAGGAGAGUUGGGCGGAGUUUUAUGGGGAUAAUAGGCUGAGGGGGAUUGUUAAGAAGGCGGAGAGAAAUAAUGGGAAAGAUGGGGAGUUAAGGAAAUUGGUAGAAGAGGUUGUGGAAAGUGUUGUACCGAGAUUGUUAGGGGAUGAAAAUUUGAGAGGGAGUGAUGGACAGAAGAUCAAACCGGUGGUUGUACAUGGAGAUUUAUGGAGUGGGAAUCAUGGGACUGGACGGAUUGGGGAGGGAGGAGUAGAGGAGGUGAUUUAUGAUUCGAGUGCUAGUUGGAGUCAUGCGGAGUUUGAGGCGGGAAUUAUGAGGAUGUUUGGAGGGUUUGGGAGUGCAUUUUGGAGAGAAUAUCAUGAGGUUAGGCCGAAGGAUGAACCGCGAGAAGAGUGGGAGGAUAGGUGUGCGUUGUAUGAAUUGUAUCAUCAUCUAAAUCAUUAUGCGAUGUUUGGGGGUGGAUAUAAGGGGGGUGCUAUGAAUAUUAUGAGGAGACUUCUGCAGAAGUAUGGAGAGGAAACUUGA